AUGAACGUCAACGUUAACCCCAACAUGGCCAACAUGAACGCCAUGGGCGGCCCUGUCGGUGCUCCCGUACCCAUGAUGAAUAAUGGCGCAGUCGCACCUCAGGUCGCUGGCCCCCGACAAAUGCCCGUUCCCACCGAGAGCCAAAGAACAUUGCUCAACACUUACAUUUACGAAUACUUUCUCCGCCAUCAAAUGUUUGACUGUGCGCGAUCGCUCGUCAACGGAGACCAUCAAAUAAACGUCACUAAGGAUGGUGCAAACCGACGGAGGGAUGAAAAUGGCAAUCUGCUUGGGAAUGGCUUGGGUGACGAUCCUAUGGAUACCGACUCAAAGGAUGACAUUGACGCGAAGCUCCCUGAUGAUCUUCCCGCUCCCAAACUGCCCAUGCCUGCUUCCGAAUCCUCAUUCUUGUACGAGUGGUUCUGCCUGUUCUGGGAUAUUUUCAACGCGCAACGUACCAAGGGCGGCAACGGCCCUGUAAAUCAAUACGUCAGCCACACCCAGCAACAAUCCCGCAUGCGCCAAAACCAGCAGCAGGAGCUUCUCCGUCAGAUGCGCCCCGAGGGCCUGGCCGCUCAGCAGCAAUAUCACAACCAGAUGAUGCGCAACAUGCAGAAUGGUGGCAUGGCCAUGAACAUGAAGCAGGGAAACCUCGCGCGCACAGCUAUGGCAAACAAUCAGAACAACCCCCAAGCCAUGCAAAUGCUUCAGCAUAAGCAGACUCAAAUGCAACGCGACCCGUCUGACAUGGAGGGAAACCGACAGCGCCCCUCCUCGCCUGGUUCUGGCGAAAAUGCUCCUUCACCCUCAAAGCGACCUCGCCUGGACGGAACGCCUUACAACCCGAGUCAGCCUGGGAUGAUGCCGAAUGGGAGACCACAGCAGGGCAUGCCAGGCCAGCAGGUGGGGACCGCCCCAAACGUAGCUCAAGCCCAGCAAAUGCUCAUCACCAACGGCAUUAACCCGGCACAGCUGACCCAGCAGCAGUUCACGACAUUCUCAAAUCAACCACCUGCUGUACAAGCGAAGUCCAUUGCCACAUACGCUGCGAAUCUGCAGCAACACCAGGCCAGCCAGAUGCCGAACAAGCCUAUGCCUAACGCGGCCGGUCCUCAGGGUCAAGGAUCCCCUAUGAUGGCACAGGGCCCUGAUCAAGCUGGGCUGGCCGCAUACUAUAACGCCGGCGAGAUGCCUGCCGGCAUUCGACCUGGCCCUGGCGGUGCCCAGGCCGGCGGUGGAAGUAACCACGCUCUGCAAGAUUAUCAAAUGCAGCUAAUGCUUCUGGAGCAGCAGAACAAAAAGAGACUUAUGAUGGCUCGACAGGAACAGGACAGCAUGGGCGGUGCUAUGCCAAGAGGAGACGGCCCUGCCGGUCCUGGCGGUCCCGGUGCUCCUCCAGGCCCCAACGGCCAGCCAUUCCCUGAGACUUCCCCUCAAGGUGCUAGGACAGGAGCCUCGCCCAACCCGACAGAGCAGAUGAAGCGUGGUACGCCCCAGAUGAACAACGCGGGCAUACCUUCACCCUUGCCGGAGGGCGCCCAGUCUCGGGGCUCCCCCAAUCCCAUGAACUUCAUGGGCAACCAGAUGGAUCCCAACAUGGCACCCCACUUCUUCAAGGGCAUGGCGAAUAUGGACGGGAACAUGGUGCCAAACCCUCAGAUCAAUGGCAUGCGCCCGCCUAGCUCGCAUCCAGGCCAGACCUUCAACGGCCAGAUGAACCCUCAACAGAUGAUGGCUGCGAGACAGCAGCAACAACAGCAACAAGCGGCUCAGCAGCAGCAGCAGCAAGGCCAGCCUCCGCAACAACAGCAACAGCAGCCUCAACAAGGUGGUCAAGGCAAUCAACCUGUGCAAUGGCAAGGAGGUCCGAACGGCAACCAGAUGGUACCUCAGGGCCCUCAGGGUCAAGUCCAGGGCACCCCUCAGCAGCGAUCAAUGCCACCACCGUCUGCGCCUGCCGCCGCGAACGCAAACCGUACAAACACCUCGUCCCCUCAGCAAGCAACUGCAGCGCCACCCACUCCUUCGCAAGCCAAUAAGGCAGCGCCCAAGAAGAAGGAUAACAAGAACGCAAAGGCCAAGGCUGCCACACAAAAGAAGUCAAACCCCAAUCUCAACAGCGGAGCCACGCCGGCGGCUGAUGGCACUCAAGACCAGGAGCCGCCAACCCCGGCGACGCCCAUCACUCCUGUCAACCCCGCAAGCUUCAAAGCUGGCCAGAACGCGCCGGUCUCUGCCGUUCCCAAUGGACAGCCUCCAGCUCCCGCAGCCGCACCUGCGCCCCAGGUCGCUCCUCAAGCUCACUCGGAUGCCAACCAGAACGGAUCGUUUGGCAUGGACAGCACGAAUGGCAUGGUCGAUUUCGGAGCCAUGGCAUUUGCGGACCCUCUCGUCUCCGAUAACGUCCUAAACGACUUCGAUUUCGACUCGUUCUUGCACGAAGAUGGUGACAAUCAAGCCUUUGACUUCAAUACCGGCUCUUUCGGCAUGGAGGGUGCCAACGAGAUCGGCGCAGACUAG